AUGCGUAUCAACGCUACUUUUACCUCGGCUCUGGUCUCUUCGGCCGCUCUCGUGGGCUAUGCCUAUGCAGAGCAGGCUGAAGCCCAACCCGAUGUGACUUCUUCUGUCGAGAAGCCGACGUUCACCCCGUCUACUAUCAAAGCUCCCUUUUUCGAACAGUUCACGGACGGCUGGGAAUCGAGGUGGAUUCCUUCUCAUGCCAAGAAGGAUGAUUCCAAGUCCGAAGAGGACUGGGCCUACGUCGGUGAAUGGUCCGUGGAGGAGCCUACCGUACUAAAGGGCAUCGAGGGUGAUAAGGGUCUCGUGGUCAAGAACCCGGCGGCCCAUCACGCCAUCUCGGCCAAGUUCCCCAAGAAGAUCGACAACAAGGGCAAGACCCUGGUUGUUCAGUAUGAGGUUAAACCGCAGAACUCCUUGGUCUGCGGUGGUGCCUAUAUGAAGCUCCUCCAAGAGAACAAGAAGCUUCACGCCGAGGAGUUCUCCAAUGCCACCCCUUAUAUCAUCAUGUUUGGUCCCGACAAGUGCGGUGCCACCAACAAGGUGCACUUCAUCUUCCGUCACAAGAACCCCAAGACCGGCGAGUACGAGGAGAAGCAUCUCAAGGCUCCCCCUGCCGCUCGUACCUCGAAGCUCACCUCUCUGUACACUCUGAUCAUCAAGCCCGACCAGUCCUUCCAGAUCCUCAUUGAUGGCGAGUCGGUCAAGAACGGCACCUUGCUCGAGGACUUCACUCCCCCCGUCAACCCGGAGAAGGAGAUUGAUGAUCCCAAGGAUAAGAAGCCAUCCAACUGGGUGGAUGAGCCCAAAAUUGCCGACCCCGAGGCAAAGAAGCCCGAGGACUGGGAUGAGGAUGCUCCCUUCGAGAUUGUUGACGAGGAGGCCACGAUCCCCGAGGACUGGCUUGUGGAUGAGCCAACCAGCAUUCCAGACCCCGAGGCUGAGAAGCCCGAGGACUGGGAUGACGAAGAGGAUGGCGACUGGAUCCCCCCUACUGUUCCCAACCCCAAGUGUGCUGAGGUCUCCGGAUGUGGCCCCUGGACCGCUCCCAUGAAGAAGAACCCAGCCUACAAGGGCAAGUGGACUGCUCCUCUGAUCGACAACCCAGCCUACAAGGGACCCUGGGCUCCCCGCAAGAUCGCCAACCCGGGCUACUUUGAGGACAAGACUCCCUCCAACCUGGAGCCCAUGGGAGCUAUUGGCUUUGAAAUCUGGACCAUGCAGAAUGAUAUUCUGUUCGACAACAUCUACAUCGGUCACUCCGUCGAGGAUGCCGAGAAGCUCCGCAAGGAGACUUUCGAUAUCAAGCACCCUGUGGAAGUGGCGGAGGAAGAAGCUUCCAAGCCCAAGGUUGACGAAAAGGCUCCUACUACCAGUGUUAGCUUCAAGGAGGACCCAGUCACCUACGUUCGUGAGAAGGUGGACUCCUUCGUCGGUCUCGCCAAGCAGGAUCCCAUCAACGCCGUGAAGCAGGUUCCCGAGGUCGCUGGUGGUUUGGGUGCCUUGCUGCUUACCAUGAUCCUCAUCAUCGUGGGCGCCGUGGGAUCUAGCACCCCAGCACCCGCCCCUGCGGCCAAGAAGGGCAAGGGAGCAUCCGGAGCAGCCAAGGAGAAGACCGGUGCUGCCACCAGCUCUUCGGCGGACACGGACAAGGGCAAGGCCACCAAGCGGACUACACGGUCGUCGGCGGAGUAA